AUGGACGACUCAGACCUUAAAAUUACUGUUCUCUGCUUAGGACCAAAAGGUUCUGGGAAAACAACUCUAUUAAAAAAACUUCAAGAAGCAGAAGGAAUAGACUAUACAUAUAGCCCAGUACCGACUAUUGGGACUAAUAUAUACGACGUAAAUUAUAUAAAUAAACAUGGUAAAAAGCAAGUGUUAACUAUACGUGAAGUUGGGGGAGAAAUGGCUUCAUUAUGGAACAAUUACUUUGAUGGUAUUGAAAAGGUUAUAUUUGUAGUGGACACUUCAAACUUGUGUCAGAUCUCAGCCGCUGCUGUAAUGCUGUACACUCUGCUAGCUGAACCGAAACUGAAAAAGGCAAAGUCCUGUCUAUAUCAGUUUAUUUUAGUGUUAAGCAAAAUGGACGCAGCGUACCGUCAAAUGCGAAAUGAAGCACUUUUAAUGUUACAAUGUGCAAGACUCUCUACUGAAUUACAAAACGCGCCGAUUGUUCUAGAAGCGUCUCCUUUAACCGGUGAAGGUUUGGACACCCUACGUACUUACAUCUCAGAGAACAAACGU